AUGACUGAGUUUCACCCGAGCUUGUUCAAGAGAAAGAAUAAGUCUGAAGACAUUCCAGAGGCUACAUCUGAGGCCAAAUCCACAUCUAUACCUCAGAACACGCUUUAUGAGGAGCCGUUGGUUUCACAGCAUCGAGUAAAGAAAAAGUACGUGACGAUAUACGGAUUUACGCCGGGAAACCUCGAUGCUGUUAUAGAUGCAGUUAAGUCUUGUGGGGAUGUCCUAGAGGUGGAGUAUGGGAAGAACUGGAUAAAUGUUUUAUUUGAUAACGAAGACAGUGUAAAGAGAUGCCUCAGGCUAAAUACAACUAUGGUUGAAGAUGAGAUUAUAGGGACUUUUCGACAGGGUGGAGGAGUCAUUGAAGAUCACGAUAUUUUUGUAAGGAAAAAAGGGAUUUUUACGUCCAUAAUGGAGUAUUUGUUUGGGGAUUAA